CCAGAUUGUAAAUCAAGUGCAUUGAAAUUGAAGAUAGUGGAAUCUUCAUCACUUUCGACGCUCACUUUGAUACCAUUAAUUUUGAAAUCUUCAAAAAGGAAACUUCUAAUAACGUUGAGCUCAAAUAUAGAAAUUUCAGAAUUAGCAAUACUGUUUUGAAAUAUGACAUCACUCAUUUCAACUCGAUCUAAGCUACUUACAAUGCUUAGGAUGCCUCCAUUUGAAAAGUGAAAGUCAUUUACUUCCAAACUUUGAAUCUUUAUCGGGGCAGAUGGAAAAGUGUUGAUGUAGAUAAAUGAUAAACUCUCGCUUCCAAGGCCAGUAACAUUUUCAAGUUUGAGGUUACUUAAUCCAAUUUCAGCUACAAACAUAAUGGAGAUGAAAUAUUCAGUAAAUGAGCCAAUGUUUUGAAACAUAGUUUGCUCAGAAGUUAGGCUCCCAAAUAUUACAUUUUUGAACACAACUAUUUUCAUUGCAUCAGAGAGGAGACUUGAGUUUUUCACACUAAAACUAUUUAUUUCAAGAGUGUCAGAAAUAGUCCCAAGGAAUAUAACAGGAGUAAAUAAGGUAUUUUGAUAUCCAAAUAAGUUGAUGUUAGUAAAUUUGAUAUGUACUGGUCUGUAAUGAUUAUUUGAAGCAUCUACCCCUAAUACACUGACUUUAUCUCCUCUUGAAUUGUCCACAGAGAAGUAAAAAUUUUCAAAAGUCCCUAUCUGAAUCAGAUCAUCAUCAGGCAUGCAAAUAGAUUGAGACGCAUACAUAAAAGUUGCAUGAAGGUUGUUCAAUGCUGAAUAGAAGUUUUCAGCAUAGAAAUUUUUAACAGUCCAGUUUCCAGGCAAACUAGCUGCUAAGUUUGAAGGCUCUAUUUCCAUUGUCCUAUCACGAGAAGUAGUAAAUCUAAGUCCAUCAAUAUCGAUUGAAGAAACCUUAUUGGCUUCUGGAUAGUUUCAAGAGAUUGUGAAGACCAGAAUAUCCCUAAUGCUAGAAAGUUAAUUUAACCUUACAAAAGCUUGCAGUGUUGUUUUGAAGGUAGACUCCAAGCAUAAACAGAACAUCCUUGUUAUAGUCUAUUUCUUCUCUGUAAAAAUCAACUCCUUCAAACUUGAUUCCUGACCUGACAACCAUGUUGCUUGUUUUCCCUUCAAUUUGCAAUUUUUCAUUUGAUGAAAAUUCUCCUGCACUAAUGAUGUCAUCAAGAGGGAGCUCAACGGAUUCGAGCAAGUGGAACUUUGACUUCUUGCUAAUGCCAAUCUGAGGCAAUUCAGUUGGAGUUACAACCGCUUUCGUAUUAGUUUUAACUAAAUCUGGGUGACUCUGGAUUGCAAAUUGUGUCACGUUCAUGAUGAACAGAGAUUUAUCCUCAAUGUAAGCAUCUUUAACAUAUGCAGUAAUGCUCACUUCUUGAUGGGAGAGAAAUGUCAGAACUUCUGAGCUCACUGAUUUCAUAGUUCUGUAUGGAUAGUGUAAAGUUCCAAGCUCCAAUACUUCAGUACUCAAAGGAUCAACAUAAUAAUCAGGAGUUCUGCAUGCACUCUGUACAGACAAGUGAUGCCCUUCAAGCUUAAUCUGAGAUGACUGGCAAUCAGUUACACAUGUCAGAGUGUCAAGAUCAAGGCUUUCACCAAUACUUCAAAUAACUCAAGCUUUCCUAGAGUUGCAGUGACCUUCACAUGUAUCCAUUCAAUUUCUACAGAUCUUCAAAGUUUGGUCGAAAUAUUCAUCUUCAGAUCAGUGAGUGCAGAGCAAAGUAGUAUCAUCGAACUUCAUAAAGGAUUCUCAGCUAUCACACUUGAACGCAUCAGAACAAGUCUUGCAUGAACUGUCACAUGGCAUGCAGCCCUUGUUAUAAUCAUAAUGUCCUUCUGGACAUCAUAUCAUGCUUGCGAUAAAUCAGAUAGAAAUGACGAUGAACCUUGUUUUCAAAUAUUUGAUCAUAAAUUUCUAUUCAAAAUUAGUAAAAGAAGUAUUGCCAACUUUAUAAUAAAUUGGAAUAUAUCAAAUCUCCUAAAAUUUCAAACUUUUAUAAAACUUUAA